CUAAUCAAGACAUUAAUCUGUCAACCAACACAGUGUCCCACAGUGCCCAGCAGGAAAGCAUUUAUUUAUAAACUAUGGCGCGUAAACUAGAGGCUUACUGCAUUCCGCUCAGUCCGCGAGCGGCGCGCGCGCUGGCAGUAUCCUGACGCCUUAGUCUCAGUUUAAGAAAAAAACACUAGUCAGUAAUCGUGUGCGCUUUACUUAUGAAAAUACUGGCCACUGAUAAUCGCGUGUGUCAUACCUUUACCUAAGGCUUAUAAAGCCGGUGAGAUUCAUGUCCGGAUGCCUUUACUUAGUUGAAAAAAAUAUUGGCCGGUUGGUGAAACUUUUGUGAAUUUGGAUUUCGAAUGUGACUGUUUGUGUUGUUUUGUGUUUAUGGAUGUGCAUUGGAUGUAUUUAGAUUCGUAUCCGGCUGUCCACAGAAAUGGACGAAAGAAAUCCUUGGAACAGUUCCAAAAACUACGAGCAACGGGACAAAAAUAAAUCCAUAUUUUUGGUGAUACGAAAAUAAACCAAUUCUUUGUGGAAUUUUAGCAAGUUCCGUUUGAAAAUGGAAUGUUUUCGGUUAGAUCCGAGUGUUCUUAUUUUGAAAAUGGAUUUAAGUUUAUUUCGAAAAUGGAAUUGUCUCUUAUGAAACGGAAAACAUUAACGAUAAAGUAGGUCGAUAAAAAAAUCGUUUCACCUACUUUGAAAACUGGAAUCACUUUUAGUAUGAAGUAAAUAGUGUCGGGAUAAGUUUGUGUAGAUGUGCGUGGAAAAUUAGAAAAAAAAGUUUUUUUUUAAUUGCGUUUUUAACGGAAAAUUAAAUUUAAGAUUCGAUGUGUUCGGUGUUCGGUGCUUUGAAAAAUGGUACGGACUUGACUGUGCAGUGGAGAUGGCUAAGGAUCGAGAUUUGUGUGUUGUGGUUUUAGUGUUACUUGCUGUGGUCCAAAGGAGCUUGGAAAUCACGGAUGCUGGUAUCAUCCAGGUUUGGUCUGCGCCAGGCGGGAUGACCAGACUUCCCUGCAACCUCGCGGCGCCGUCCAGAGACGUAGCCAUGAUGCUGUGGUUCAAAGAUGGGGAUCGGAUGCCUAUAUACACAGUGGACUUCAGAAACGGCCCCCCAGUCCACUGGGCGGUCGCCGGCGAGUUCGGAGCCCGAACCCACUUCGUGCUCAACGAGUCUGACACGUCGUCAGCUCAUCUGGCGGUCGAGAAGGUGGCUCACAGGGAUGAAGGCGUCUACAGAUGUAGGAUAGAUUAUGUGGAUUCGCCUACUAGGAAUUAUAGGGUCAAUUUGACUGUUAUUGUUCCUCCUGAAUCUCCAAGAAUAUACGACUCCGAGGGUCGUGAGAUUCUUGGCACAGUGGCAGGAACGUUCAGGGAAGGACAGGAUCUACUCCUGUCUUGCCAAGCUUCUGGUGGUAAACCACCACCAGACGUCUCUUGGUACCGAGGAGAAGAACGCCUGGCCUACACGAAGGAGGGCUCAGUCUGCCAGCUACUCCUUCCAGAACUGACGAGAGAGAUGGCUGGCACGAGAUUCCAGUGUCGAGUGGAGCCUCCGCUGCUGAAAGCGGUGUAUAGAGAUGUUACACUUAAGUUAUUUUUAAAACCACAGUUCGUCAGGGUGACGGGCAAUGGCAUCAGCAGAGCUGGACAUGACCGAGCGUUUGUUUGUACCACGCGAGGGUCGAAGCCAGCUCCCAAUAUUGACUGGUUUAUCAACUCACAGAAGAUUGACUCCACAUUAACAGAGGUGGAUGUUGAUGGCGAGGUGACAAGAAGUGUCCUAACCUGGAGGAUACGGAGAGAAGACAGUGGAAGACAGCUGGUCUGCCGAGUCUCCAACCCCUGGUUCCCGGCGUACACGCUGGAAGACUCGGUUGUUUUGGAUGUUAUGUAUCCACCUGUGGCUCAGAUAUCAUUGUUGGAGCCGAGAGAAGCUCGUCUUCUGCGUGAGGACGAGAAUGCUGAGUUGCUGUGUUCUGCUGACGCUUCACCAGCUCCAGACAACUUCACCUUCUAUAAAGAGGAUCACAUAAUCCGCGAUGAUCCUAUCGGCGGGAUAGCAGUAGAAGGCAAUAAGCUGAUCCUCCGAGGCCUAAGGAGGCAUCACUCUGCUCGCUAUCGGUGUCGGGCGAGAAACUCGGAGGGCAGCGCUCUGAGUGAGCCGCUGACGCUGAAUGUUCUGUCCAGGCCAGAAUGCUCAGCCGGCAGUGUGGUGCAGCAGCUAGCUGGAGCCCCAGGAGGUGAAGUCAGGGCUCGGUGCUCGGUCACAGCGCCGUCCAUACACGACGCCGGGCCACUGAGGUUCUACUGGACCUUUAAUGGAACUAAGGAUGUUUUACCAAUACCACCAUCAAACGUGACAGUCAUGGGUGCCAGCAGCACCGUGGUCCACGGUCUACCGGCAGACACCGGUGAUGACCUCGGCUGGUUGGCCUGCUGGGCCAGCAAUGACGUAGGGAAUCAGCGGGAGCCGUGUUUAUUCAGGAUAAUGCCUGCUGCGCUCCCAGAACCCCCAGUGAACUGCGAACUGGACAACUCCCUCCUCCGUUGCGAGCCCGGCCACGACGGCGGCCUGCCCCAGCGGUUCCUACUCGAGGUCCUCGAGGUACGGCCCUCGGAGCCAAUCACCAAUGAGAUCGCUACGAUGAACGAUCAGGGAAUAUCCGGCCGAGGACUCACAGAAGCGGUUUACAGAGCCAGCAACGACGCUCCGCAGUUUGUCCUCGAUGCCUUGUCCCCUGGACGCUACACAUUCCUGGUCUACUCAGAGACACCAAGGGGACGGUCUCCCAGACCAGCAGCGUUGCACAGCGUUGCAAUCAAUCCGUCGGAUGACUUGGAUAGGCCUGGUUCUCUUCAAACUAUGACACCGGCACCCCCACCAAUGACGGCUGGCGACAACAGCGUCGCUUUACUGGUCGGCGCAGCACUGACUCUGAUCUUACUGACCAUUCUGACUACUUUGUGCGUUGCGCUCGUUGUCAUGUGCAAGAAGAAGACGAGGCCUUCCAGGGAUCUUGAGCAGAGUACAAUCUUGCGGCGAAGUGUCGGAGUAUCAAUGUACGGAGGAUCCUCAAUAUCUCCCAGUGUGGUGCCAACCGUCGUUGUGAGAGGGCAUCGAGGGUCGCGAGUACUGGCUGCUAGAUGGUCAGGUGUUUUGGAUGACGCGCCUUUAGCUGUGCUGGCUUUGGAUACCAGGGCUCAUGAUGAUGUAGACAGUCAAAGUGAGGAGCAUCAGGAGACUGAAUUCACGAAGAGUAUGGACGAUAUGGAAACUCAAACAGAUUCGUAAUUAAAAAAAAAUCGAAACAAGUGCCUUAAACUGGUUAAAAUUGGAACAGCCUUGUAAAUAACAGUUACUGGAAAAUAAUUAAGAACGAUAAUUAAAAAAAAAGCAUUUCAAGGCGAGUAAAUUUAAUAGUACAUUACGAUACAAGUGCGAAAAAUAGGAAAUUCGAAACGAGUGGCGAUAAAUUAAAACACGACCGAAGGGAGUGUUUUAAAUCGACACGAGAUGCGAAUUACUUAUUCGCACGUGUAUCGUACAACGUUUUACAGUACAUAUGGCGCUUUAAAUGUUCGACACAGUAACGUAAUAUGCUAAUUUUCCCACUAGUGCUAUAAAGUAGCACCAUAUGUACUGUAAAAGAACAUUUUGAUACAGGCUUUUAUCGCUGACUGUUUCUUAUUCUUUCAACAGGCAACUCAUCGAGAAAAUUCUAAUAAACCGAUACACAAUUAGAUGGCGUUGUUUUAUAACAGAGUUGCUAUGGCAUCAUGUGUCCAUCAUCAGAACUCGAUGGUACGUGCAGUUGGUAUAGGUAUGUGAAGUUUAAACUCGAUCGAAUAAUGGAAAGCGGGUCUAAAUUAGCUUGCAAGAUUUGACCCGAACAUACACACAAGUUAAAUAAAAGCUUGUGAAAACAAAAUGGAAGCUGAUAAAGUUGAACUUUCAAGAUGUUUCUAAACAUCAGGUUAGCAAGUACGACUAAGUGUAAGGCCUGAGUGGACGCUCGAGUUGGGCGUGCAGCGGGGCGGGGCGUGCGGCGUGCAUGUUAAACAAAUGAAACUCAUACUGGUGUCCUGAGUCGACGCUGCUCCAAGCGUAUGCCGAGCGGGCAAGUUUGCGGGCAAUGCAGCGUCGCGCGGGGCGUCGC